AUGGACUCUCUUUUCAGAGAUACUACUUUAUAUACUCUGUUACAUCUUAUCUGGCCGUCAACUCAGUGGCAUCCUUGGGACGAGCAAUGGAUUUCCUAUCAACAGGAUCAGUUGAUGCGCUCAGGCGGGGAGGGUUUUGGCUAUCCAAAUAGAUCUUCUAUGAGUCCAAACAACAGCAAACACCAUGAUAUAGAGAAAGCCGGUCAAGGCGUCGAUCGCCCUGAACAAUCGACUGAGCCAUUCAAUGCCUUCAGUCAGCCAUUGGAUCACGAGAAACUGGAAGAAAAAGCAAUCAUUGUCGACUGGAUACCGCACAAUGAUCUCGAGAAUCCUCAGAACUGGCCUUUAUGGAAGAAGCUUCUCACAGCAUGCCAAAUCUACGUCUAUACCUUUGCGGUCUACAUGGGUGGCGCUAUCUUCGCCGCGAGCGAAGGUGGGAUCCGGGAUGAAUUUGGAGUCAGCCACAUUGUUUCUGGGUUGGGCUUCGCUCUUUAUCUCAUCGGCUACGGGGUAGGCCCUUUGGUCUUUAGUCCCAUUUCAGAGAUCCCAAGUGUAGGUCGCAAUCCUCCUUAUAUUGUAUCGCUUAUCAUUUUCGUCAUUCUCUGCGUGCCGACAGCCAUGACCAAAAAUUACGCCGGCCUAUUAGUUCUCCGCUUUCUCCUUGGUUUCUUUGGCUCACCCUGCCUGGCGACAGGCGGCGCCACUCUGGGCGACAUGUUCCCGCUGCCCAAGCUACCCUUUGCCAUGAUGUUUUGGGCCUUCUCAAUGACCACCGGGCCCGCCGUCGCACCCAUAAUCGGGGGGUUUAGUGUGGUUGUUAAAGGGUGGCGGUGGACCUCAUGGGAAGUUCUCUGGUUGGCUGGUCCAGUGUGUGUCUUCAUGCUUCUCUUCUUGCCAGAGACAAGCGCCGCGACUAUCCUAUAUCGUCGCGCCAAGAGAAUCCGUGCCCAUCUGAACAGCGACAAGUACCAUUCUCAGGGCGAGUUGGAUCAAAAGAAAACGAAAGUCCGCGACAUUGCCUUUGAAGCGCUGGUGCGCCCUUGGGAACUGAUGUGUCUCGACCCUGUAAUUCUGUACGUGGACGUGUACAGUUCUCUAUGUUAUGCAAUUUUCUAUAGCUUCUUCGAGUCAUUCCCAUACGUAUAUCGAGCCGCAUACGGAUUUUCCCUCGGGGAGGAGGGACUAGCAUUCCUUAGCGUGACAACCGGCACCGCGGUCGCCGCAAUCUGGUACAUAAGCUACAACUACUUCAUCGUGGAACGUCGGAUCCGCGCUGGCAUCUGGCCCACGCCCGAGGACCGGCUAUUUUUGGCCCUAUAUUCUACCCCAAUGAUGCCGGUUGGGUUGUUCAUCUUCGCGUGGACAAGUCGAUCUGAUGUCCACUGGGCCGUGAGCUGCCUAGGGGUCGCCAUCAAUACGUGCGGCUUGAUUACCAUGUACCAAUGCGUCUUCCUGUAUUUGCCUCUAGCGUAUCCGCAGUACUCGGCCAGUCUCUUUGCUGGAAACGAUUUCGUCCGAUCAGCCUUGGCCGGUGGUGCGGUCCUCUUCUCGCGACCUCUAUUCUCUAACCUUGGGGUCGACAAGGGAGUGUCUCUCCUUGGGGCUCUCACUGCCGGACUUGUUCCAGGGAUCUUUAUUUUGUACUGGUUCGGUGAUCGGCUCAGAGCACGAAGUGUGUUUGCCAGUGUUUGA